AUGGAUGUUGUGUAUGAUGAUUCGGAUCUCCAGUACAAGGUAAACACUCAAGGUUCUGUCUUUGGUGUCGCCACGCAGUGUCUAGCAGAGUGGCGCAGCAAUUUCGGUUCAACAGGACUUGCUAUAAUGAUCGAUUUCUAUGCCCGGAACAAGGACACUGACACGAAAGAGCUUGGCCAAGCGCUUAUGGAAGAUUUCGCUUUUCUUUUUGAGGACAUGGACAACAUCGACACAAUGCAAGUGUUCCGGUCCCCAUUCAUGUUACAACUCUUCACUACUGCUCACCUUCAUAGCAUCAUUGGGCAUGCUGAAGUCACUGCACUCAAAACAGAUGUAUUGGCUUCCAUUGGCGUGGCUAGCGUUCUCAGCAUUUGUGCAGCUUCACUUGAGUGCGCCAUCAAGUGCCUCAGUGACGGUGCCAUCGACAUUGAUUCAGAUGCUCUCGAUAUGCGUCCUGCACAAAGGAAGCGCAAGCUCCGGACGCCGAGGACCUUCAAUAAGGCCACCGGCAAUCACAGUACUACCGAGCAUGCAUUCUCUAUCAAUAACUGGGGGUCAGUGACAACCUCCUACGUGAUUGGCGUCAAGAAAAAGGGAGAAAGCUUUCUGAGGGAGACAACAUCGAUGGCCUGGAAACUGCUCAAGAAAUCAGGCAACGCUGCCCUUCGGAAGUACAUUAGUCUCAAUGAUGAGGAUGAGGAGGAGAACAUUGACCAGCACUGCAUGUUGUGGUAA